AUGUCAGUUGAGAAUACUGGUACUUUUAUUGAGGAAAAGCCUUUGACUACUCCUGGAAAUGAUGAAAAUGCUAAUGAUAGUACGAGUGAAGAGAAAGUUUUGACUGUAUUUGAUGUGGCUACAGAGAUUGAAACUUCUCUAAAGGAGUUACAAGAUAAAUUGGUAGAGAAUAAUGAGCAUUUCAAUAAGACUGUUAUGGCUAUGGAGAAGAAACUAUCUCAAAUGGAAAAAUGA